CAGACCAAAUAAAUGGAAGUUAUAUUUAUAGAGAACAAAUAGAUAAAAAUAGUAGCUUUCUUUCAACGGACCAAAGAUAUGAAAGUAAAGAUUCUACUUCGUCAAACCCCUCGAUGAAGACAACAUUCACAGAAUUUUCGGAAUGUUCUAUGGGAGAAGAAGAACUAAAAAUUCCCGCAAAUCAACCUACUAUUCAUAAUGAUGCUGUUUCGGUAGCAAUGCAAAUGACGCAACCUGACGAUGUAUCCACCGUUCCUGAUCUAUCGAAGGUUCUUGUGAUCUAUACGGGUGGUACCAUUGGCAUGAAAAAUACUCAUCUUAAUGGAUAUAUUCCUGUCCCAAAUUAUUUUACAAAUACACUUGCUGAAAUGUCUCGAUUUCAUGAUCAAAGCUUUUUCGACAAAAGCUUGAGAUAUGAUCUUGAAGGUUGUGAUGAUGAAGAUCCAAUGUAUUCUAAUAAAAUUUUUAUUAAAGAUUAUUGGGGUAUUGAGGAUUCGGGAAUAAUGUGCAUUUCGCGUAGAGUCUUGGUGACUCCACCUUCUUUCCAAGGAAAGAGGAUAAAAUAUUCUAUAGUCGAGUAUGAACCACUGUUGGAUUCGUGUAAUAUGAUAAGUGAUGAUUGGGUUAGAAUUGCAACUGAUAUUGAGCUAAAUUAUCAAUCAUAUGAUGCUUUCAUAAUAUUACACGGGACUGAUACUAUGGCUUAUACUGCUAGUGCACUUAGUUUUUUAUUGGAAAAUUUGGGAAAAACUGUAAUUGUAACUGGUUCUCAGGUUCCGAUAUCUGAAGUUCGAAAUGAUGCUGUCGAGAAUUUACUCGGUGCACUUACUAUUGCCGCCCCUCCAAUUGAAGGUGUAAUAUUAGAAACUUAUGGUGCUGGAAAUGCGCCAGAUACUCGUGAUGAUGUUAUGGGUGCUUUAAAAGAGGCUGCUGCUCGAGGCGUUGUGAUAGUUAAUUGUACACAAUGCAAAAAGGGAACCGUAACCGAUCUUUAUGCUACAGGUAAAGCAUUGACUAAAGUUGGUGUUGUGCCGGGUAAUGAUAUGACUCCUGAGUGUGCUCUUGUUAAGCUCUCAUUCCUACUUGGUUAUCGGAAUAUCAAAGAUGAAAAAUAUUCCCCGGAAACCGUUAGAUUGUUGAUGACUAGAAAUAUGAGGGGUGAACUCACUGUCGUAGCACCUAAGCCAAGAUAUACAUUUCACAAUAGAACACAUAAAAUUAUACAAAAUAUGAUAGCUGCGGCUGUGGAUUCGAAACAAGGAUCGUUGGACUCAGCAUUAAUGAUGAACGUUCAAGAAAAAGUUUUAUUGGAAAAAUCUCUGUAUCCUAUUCUGCUGUGUUCAGCGGCUGGAACAGACGAUUUAGAAGGAUUACAAUUGCUUUGGGAUAGUUAUGAAGGAUUGGUUUUAAAUUGUAUAGAUUACGAUGGUAGAACACCCUUG